CGGCGGCGCGGCAGCCAAUGGCGCGGCGGGUGAGAGUUGAGGGGUGGAAGGUGCCCGGCUCGCCGGGGCUGCAGGUUGCUCCCAGCGCGUGGACCGCGGGCUGCGUGGGCAACAUGGAGGCGAUCGUGGACGACGAGCUGGAUGAGGAGGAGCAGCUGGUGAGGAGGCACCGGAAGGAGAAGAAGGAGUUGCAAGCCAGAAUUCAGGGCAUGAAGAACGCCGUUCCCAAGAAUGACAAAAAGAGGAGGAAGCAGCUCACUGAGGAUGUCGCCAAGUUGGAAGCGGAGAUGGAGCAGAAGCAUAAAGAGGAGCUGGAGCAAUUGAAGAUGGCAUCGAAGGAGAAGGAGAGUAAGGUAGAUUCUGUUGCUGUCGACGUUUCAAACUUGGUUCUUGAGAAUCAUGCGCCUCGGAUAUCUAAAGCACAGAAGAGACGGGAUAAAAAAGCCGCAUUGCAGAAGGAACGGGAGGAGAGAAUAGCAGAAGCUGAAAUCGAAAACCUAACUGGAGCCAGACACGUCGAAAGCGAGAAGCUUGCAGGAAUAUUAGCGUCUAGACAAUUGGAAAUAAAACAGAUUCAGUCUGACGGUCACUGUAUGUAUCGAGCCAUUGAAGAUCAGCUGAAAGAGCAAGAGUGCCCGCUGACCGUGGCUGCCUUGCGGAGCCAGACUGCUGAGUACAUGCAGAACCAUGCACAAGACUUUCUGCCAUUUUUAACAAAUCCCAACACGGGAGACAUGUAUACUCCAGAGGAGUUUGGAAAGUACUGUGAGGAUAUUGUAAACACAGCUGCAUGGGGAGGUCAGCUUGAGCUAAGAGCACUGUCUCAUAUUUUACAAACACCGAUAGAGAUAAUACAGGCUGAUUCUCCUCCUAUUGUGGUUGGUGAAGAAUAUACCAAAAAGCCAUUGAUGCUUGUAUAUAUGAGGCAUGCGUAUGGCCUAGGAGAACAUUACAAUUCUGUUACGCGGUUGGUGAGCACAGAUACGGAGAAUUGCAGCUAGUCUAGAAAAUGUUGCACAAUUACGGUUUAGCACAGUGUGCUGAUCGGCGUCUUCACACCAAGUCUGGAUUAUUGGAAAAUGUUACUGAAAAGUGGAACUACCUUAAAUCAGUUUUAUGGCAACCCUUGCUAACAGGUUUUUUUAAAAAAAAUACGUCAGAAAAACUCUAAAGUGUCCUUUAGUGAUAUUUAAAAAAAACCUUUACAGUCCUUUGUGGAGAAUGUCAUUCAUAAACCAAGAUGGUACCUUAUUCAAUGAUUUUCUUUUUUUAAUUAGUGUAAGUUUCUGAUCAUUUUGUUCUGUGUUGAAAUAAAGUUGAAAUGUCUUUUCCUUCUCAUUA